AUGCUCACGAAAAUAAUUUUUAAACGAGUUUUUGCGAUUUUUGGAGUAGUCAAUAACUUUUUAUUGAUAAUUUUUAUAAUAUUCAAGUCACCAAAACAGUUUGGAAAUUAUAAAUGUUUGAUGGCUUAUAUCUCUAUUUUUGAAAUUUUCUACUCAAUUCUGGAUUUUCUGACGGUUCCUACAAUUUAUAGCCACAACUCUGCUUUUUUGGUUAUCAUCGAAAAAGAUUCAGCGAUUUUUCCGGAUUCUCUACUUCAAGUUGCUAACAUAUCGUUCUGUAGUCUAUUUGGCAUGUCAAUGGCAAUUUUUGCAAUUCAUUUUGUCUACAGACUCUUGGUGAUGAUUGGACCUAAGUAUCUAUACCAUUACCAUUUGCAAAAGGUACUUGGUCUUAUUGGAUGUACAAUUAUUGUGGGAUGUGGUUGGACUGUGGUCAUGCAUAUUAGUUUCGGUCCAACUAAGUAUUCGGAUUCUUUAAUAAGCCUGGAAUACCUUGAACCCAGAAAUCUUACUCUGAGCGAUGUUGAUUACGUUGGAGCGCACUUUCAUCAUACAGAUAGCUAUGGAAAUCAAUUUAUUAAUUGGAAUUCAAUGAUUGCACUUGUCAUGAUGACAAUUGCCAUAAUGCUCAGCUUCACUACUGUAAUCCUCUGUGGCUUAAAAAUUUACAAAGAUGCGCAGGAAAACUUGUCUCUGAGGUCCUCAACCGAUAAUAAUAUUCAGUCUCAAAUCUUCUGGGCUCUGGUUCUCCAGACAAUUAUUCCAGUAGUACUUAUGCAUUUUCCUGCUGGAAUUGGAUAUUUAUUUUCUAUGCUGAAUCGGUCAACAGAGAUAUUGGGUGAAAUCCCGGCGAUUACCAUUUUUAUGUACCCGGCUUUGGACCCGCUACCCAGUUUCUUUAUUAUUAGAAGCUAUCGGGAAGCUAUUUUGGAAUUACUUGGAUGUAAAAAGUCUGAAAUGAGUGUUAUACCGACGGAAAUGAGCCUUCAAGUAAUAAGAACACCCGCUGGAAAAACUCCAGAAGAAAAUCGCUGA